GAGUCAAAGUCAACGAAACGCCGCAAGAAAUCUCAAGAUAAGAUUAGUACUCGAGAGAACGACGCUGACAAUAUAGAAAGUAACGUUAUUGGCUUGGUGGAGAGGAAACGGCUCUUGCUUGCUGCUCCGGCGGCGAGUAAACGGCGAUCUCUGUUUCUCCGACAGCUUGCUUCUGGCAAAUCACAACUCAGGAACAAAUCUCUCGUCAGAACUAUCGGCAAGACAUGGCGUAAAACAAUGGAAGGAGCUUCUAGAGUUUUCAUCGAGAAGCAUUAUAACAGACACAGGCGUCUCAUCAACGACGUCGUUUAGAAUUCUUCAACCUUUUUAUUUUUUUGUUUUUUUCUUUAAUUACAUUUUGUCCCACUAUUAUUUUACAUUCGUUUGUAUUAUUCUCACGUUUAGUAUUUACAUCUUUCUGUCUUCUUUUUUUACUUUUAAGGCAAAUCACUUUCAUGGUUAAUUUUUUUUUUGUAAAGAUUCUAUCCCAAAUUUAAGUUUGUAUUUUAUAA